AUGAAGGUGGAGAUGCAAAGUGUACUAAAAAAGAAACAGGGAAAACAAAGUCGAAAUGAAAUAAAUCUACAGUCACUUGCAAAUAGAAAUAAUUAUGAAACCAAUCUUCGAGAUAGAGAUAGUGAUAAUGAUAGUGAUAGUGAUAGUGAUAGUGAUAGUGAGCAUGUGUUUUAUGCUAAUGAUAUAAAUAUUACAGAAGAUAUAGGAAAAUCUUCUUCAAUAUGUAAUAAAGAUAAACUAAAAUUAAUUACCAAUACGGACUCCAUUAAUUUUUCGGAAUCUGCAUCAAAAUCAAUGGAUGUUGUGGUUGACAUUCAUCAAGAAUAUAAGAAAGAAAAAUCUCAUAAUAGGAAUACUGGAAAAGAUGAAGCAUCAAAUAAAAACCUUGCAAAUCUAUUUCUAAAGGAAUCCGAAAAUUUCGGAUCUGUUUCGAAAACAAACACUAUACAUAAGAAAAAUAUCGAAAAAUCAAAAAUCAAUUUGGUUAAACAGCAAAAUUUAUCAAAAGACGAUGACAUAAAAGUUGUAGAUUCAUUAGAUUUAAUAGAAGAAUUUGUAGAAUCUUCGAUUGAAAAAGAUGAGCAAAAAAUUCAAACAGUAAGAAAUAUUAAGUCAACUAAAAAAAAUAGCAAUCAAUCGUUUGUUGAAGAAAAUUUACAUGGUAGGAAGCAAUGGGCUCUAUCCAAAGAUGAAAAAGAAGAACUAAAGAAACCAACGAGGAAGCGAUGGUCAAAAGAUGCUACUGUAAUUCGAUUACCGGAAGCAAGAGGCAUUUUCUGGACAGAUGUAUCAUCGGAAAAUAAAUCUUUAUUUGUUCAAAAUUUAGAACAGUCAUUGUCAGCGACGCGGUCUUCAUCGAAACAGAAAUCAUUAUUUAGUUUUGACAAUGCGGUCUUUGUUCCAGAGAAUGAGGAAAUUCUUAGAAUUGAAACUGAUCAUAAUCGAGAUGACACGAAGAUCGAAAUAAAGGAAAUUGUUCACCGCGUAAAUCAAAUGGAGCUUUCUACUUUUAAUAAUCGAAGUUCUUCAGAUUCACUGAACGAAGAAGGUAAGAGCUUCAGGGAAACAGCAAUUACGAUCGAAGAUUUAAACGAGCUUACGAAUCUAGGAAGUCAAAGUUUCGAAAAUCGAAGAAAAAAUACGAUAUCAGAUAUUAAAUAUACUGAUAAAUUUAAUCGUGAUGAUAUACCUUCGAAAGGGAGAAGUCGCGCAUUUAUAAAUAAAAGAAAAAAUUCCCUAGAUAAAGAUAAGAAAAAUAUUCUCGAUAAUUCGAAUACUUCGCAAAGUUUAGAAGAAAUCAACACACAAUCGAAUGAUCACUCUUUCGAAGAAGUAUCGACAAAGGAUGACCGUCUUUUAAUAAGUAAGGGAAAUAAGAAACAUUAUCAAAGGUAUUCUAAAAGAGAUUCGAUAUCUGUUACUAAAGAUGAUCACGAUGAAAAUUAUUUAAGCUAUUUUGGCCAAGAUGUGACGUCUACCUCCGAAGAUGAUGAUCUCGACGAGAGACGUUCUAGAGAAACUCACGAUGAAGCUAGGUUACGAAGAUCCAAUACGAAGAAAAAGAAGACGAGAUAUACAAAGCACAAGUUACAAAUGCAAGAGAAAAAGGACAAGAAAAUGACACUUCGCAAAAGUAUUUCUAAUUCAUCCACAUACACACCAAAUGUUAAUGCCGAGAAAGAUUCGAAAAGAAAGAAAAAGAAAAAGAAAGAGGACGACAUAAAAUAUAUUUCUAUAGUGAUUCACAGAACCGAUAUGUUAGAGAUCGAUUAUGUGACGAAACAUCCUAUGGUGAAGGUUCAUAUAGUAAAAGCUGAAAGUGGAAAAUAUUUAAAAAACGAAUACGGUUUGUGUACGUAUUUGCAACCUAUAAUAACAGGGAAAUUUGAUUUCAAGGAAAAAAAAUCUAUAAUACCGGUGUGGGAGGAAGAACUAAUCUUCGAGCAUGAUUUCAAUACACUUUUGAAAAUCGAUAAUGAACAGGUUGUAAUUCUUUUUGAAAUUGUGGAUCUUUUGAGUUUUGCCGAGGCUAGUUUCAAUUAUGAUAAAUUUGGUCAUGAAGGUUGUUGGUACAAAGUUGCAUGGGCUUUUUUAAAGCCUGUAGGACGGAACAACGUGUUACAUAUUGAUAAAAAAGUCAGAUUACAAUUGUAUAAACCUCGAAAGAAUUUGCAAAAAUUUCAAAGACUUCAUACAUGCGAUGUAUACACGUGGUGGAAGUCGAAUAUUCGAGAAAAAUAUCCCAGUAGCUUAUUUGUCACCGUAACAUCCAUCGAUCCACCUAAAUUGGAACCUGUUUUAUAUGGACAGUUAUCGUUGCACAAUUUAUCCGAUACACGCAAUGAAUCACAAAAAAUGCCCAAUCACGCUUCAGAUUCUAUAAAUUUACCAAAAUGGAAUAGAUUGGGCGCACAGUCGUGCAAAAUACCAAAUGAAAUCCUUUUCCAAACGGAAAUCGCCGAGAAUGGAUGUUUCUGCAUUGUCUUUAGCAACAAUGGCAAAUAUUUGGCCUGUAGCUUUUCAGAAGAAAACGAUUAUCCUAUUGUUAUUUACGAGGUUCAAGGAAAGAAGAUUUAUGUACGGUUUUCAGGACACAAAACGUUUGUUUAUUCUCUCAACUGGUCCAGCAAUGAUAAUUAUUUACUUUCUGUUUCAUCCGAUCAAACUGCCCGCAUUUGGAAUGUACAGAAUCAGAUUGUAAAACAUGUGGAAAUGAUGCCUCAUCCAUCAUACGUGUAUUGUGGAAAAUUUGAUCCGAAGAACUCUUUAAUAGUAGCAACUGGCUGUUAUGAUCGGAUAACGCGCAUUUGGUUGCGAAAUAAAGAAAUGAAAAAUUGUGAUCUAUGUCAAGAAUUGGAAGGUCACGAAGGUUUUGUAAAUUCAAUGUAUUUCCAAAAAAAUAGUAAUUUGUUAACGGCAGAUAGUGUCGGAAUAAUAAUAAUAUGGAUCUUAAAAAAAAAUAAAAAAGUAUCUUCUAGAAAGGAAUGGUACAUAUCACGAAAAAUAAAGGUUAGAGAAAUUGAUGGUAUAAUAAUUAACACUAUUAUAUUACAUCCUUUGGAAUCUAGACUUCUUGUUCAUUCGAGAAAUAAUGGGUUAAAAAUGUUGGAUCUUGCAACUGGAGUAGUAUUGCAAAAAUACAAUGAACUAAAUAAUCAAAGAAUACAGUCCACAGCUUGUAUUUCUCCAUGCGGCAAUUUAAUCUUUUGUGGUGGCGAAGAUUCAACUUUGAAUGUAUGGAAUUUAGAAACCGGAAAUCUUCUAGCAAAAUAUACAUUUGAUCGACAUUAUCGUGCGGUAACUUGCGUAGAUUAUCACCCGUACGAUCAAGUAUUAGCUUUUUCAACUUUCGGCAGUCCUGCUCCGGUGAGAAUUUUACGAUUUAACAAGGAUAUUACGGGUGAAGAUAUAGGAUUAAAAAUGGUGAAAGAGGUUAAAAAUACAGUGAUGAACGAUGAUAUUUCCAUGAGAUUUUUAAAUACAUCCAUAAUGUCUAAAGAAAAAUUGCGAUUAUAUAACAAGAAAGGAAUAACUGAAGAGACUUCAAAAGAAAAGAACUUACAAUCUAAUCGAAAUUACGAUUCUAGUCUGUUUAAAUUUUCUAAUAAUGUUAUUUUAGAAAAAGAUAAGUACACUGAUACAAAGAUGAAGCUUCAACGAUUAAAUGAAGCUGGACAAACGUUAAAAAAUCGCAGUGCAAAUCGUUUGUAUAAUAUUAUUGAAAAAAUUGAUAGAAUUUUAUCAAAUACGACAAAAUCAUCAGGUGAUAUUGAAUCUGGUAGAAACUUUACCAUUCUCCGAAAAUCGAAUGAGAGCGAAGUUCUAACUAGUUUAUAUGACAACAUAGAGAAAGAGGAAGAGACACUAAAAAAACAAAAAUCUACAAAUUUGAGUACUGAAGAUCAAUCAAGUUUUUAUUUCGAAUCUAGUGUAAUGGAUAGAGAUAGUCAGAGAAUUGUAAAAUGUCAUACACCACAAAGUAAAAGAAUAAAUGAUUGGGAUAAAAAAGGGACCAAGAUACAAAAGAGACCAAGAAGUGCAAAAGAAACAAAAAGCAGUAACAUACCAAAAAGUGACAUAUCAAAAAGUUUUUCUGAUAGUGCUACAAACUAUCAAAAAGAUAAAGUAUAUGAUAGGCUCACAAAGAUUUCAUCACCAGCAAAUAUUGGAUCAGAUUUUAUUGUAGAAAUGGAAGAAAAUGAUAAAACUUUGAUUUACUAUAAGAGUAACAGUUGUAAAAAAAGUGAUUCAGAUUCAACUGAUAGUGCUAGAACAUAUGUCAUAGAAAAAAAUGUGAUAGAAGAUAAUGAUAAGAAUGUGAUAAUUGAGUUUGAAAGUAAAGAUUUAGUUUUAAACGCAUUAGAGAAUGAUUCAAAUAUGAAAUCUUUCGAAAGUGACAAUUCACUACCUAGUAAUGCAACUUUUACUAUUAACCGUUUGAGUCCUAAGUAGUACGAUCGUGCUGUUUAGACUUCAUAUCGAAAAUUCUCGAACAUUUAAAUGCUAUAGGCAAAUGAUG